AAGUAAUAAUAUAUAUUCCAUCUUAACAUGGCAACUGGUUCACAGAAGGCUGUACGUCUGUUGAAAUGUUUUUGUGGUUGCUCAGAAAUGACGGAGGAUGAAGUCCGACGUAUUUAUCGCUUAAGUACACAAGAGACUCUAAAUGACCUCCGGGCCGCAAAGAUGUUUCGCAAGUUCUUAGAACAGGAUCGUUGUGGAGAUAAAGGGGAAAUCGAAUGUUACUUAGAUAUUUAUGAAUUGUGCAAUAACUAUUUAAAAGAGAGUAGUCUAACAUAUGAUCAAAUAAAUACACUAGUCGAAAUGGAAUUAAAGUACUAUUUAGAGAAAAAAUUAAAUUUGUACAUAAUGAUGCUGGAAGAAAAACAAAAGCCCGAUAUACACAUACAUGAAAUAGAGCGUGAUAUAAAGCGCAUUCAAGCGGAUUAUCGUAGUGAAAUCGAAGCCAGUGAUCAAUUCAAAAAUUACAAACAAGCGAUAUUAAAUAAACUGAAGCGAGGGACUUGAAACGCGAGGACGAGGCAAAAGCGAAAACAACGAAAAUUUUAGCAAAGCUCAACUGCCUCAAAUAUUUGCUUUCUUACAUAUGUAUUUAUAUAUAUUUAUUUGCCUCAAGUAGUGUACCAAAAAAGCAUCAAGUUGUAUAGUUACGAUUCCUAUUGAAUGUUUUUGAUUGAAGAAACAUCAAAA